UGUUGAUCCAGUGAUGACCAUGACGAACCAGCACCGUUCCUUCUCCUCGGCAGCGCAAGUGGACGCUAUAGCGGCCUGCUCGCUGCCGAACGUGCUGUUUUCGGACGAAGACGAGGACGCGGAAGAGCCGGAGUUGCCCCUCCUAGCGGUAGCGCAAUCACAGCUUGAAGGCAAUGUCUGGAGCGGCGGCGUGGCUCUAUUGGAUGCGGCAUCGAACGAGCGGCUAUGCGAGUUGCAACUGGAGACAGGAGUAGCGUCGUUGGCCUGGUGCAGCGCAGAAGGUGACGUAUUGGCAUUGGGCUGUGAUGACGGCGACGUGCGUCUGGCCAAACUAUCGACGGACGUGACGUUCGCUUUUGUGCCACUUGGCACUGGUGGCAGCAUCGACGAGGACGCCGUGUGCGGCUGGGGGCACGACGAUGUUGUUACGGGCGUCAGUAUUUCUUCCGUCGAGAAGACACAAUUGGCUACGUGCAGUUGGGACCUCACGGUGAAACUCUGGGAUAUUGGAGCCAUGGACAAGACGGUCGCCACGUUUGACGGCCACACGGACUUAAUCUGGGGCGUGGCGAUGAACCCGACGCACGCGAAUUUGCUGUGCUCGGCUUCGCAGGACUCGACGGUGCAAGUGUGGGACGCCCGGCGACCUCAAAGCGCUGCAUUGGCAGUGUCAACUCUCCUGCCUGCGCUGUCAGUAGACUGGCAUCCGAGCCAGUCGACGGUAUUCUCUGUUGGACUGGAAGGCGGCUUGGUCUGCACCUUUGACGUACGCUCGCCGCACACGCCACUGUCUCGACGUGAGACCCACAAAGCUGCUGUACAUGUCGUCAAGUACUCACCCUAUCAUGAUGACUUACUGGCGACGGGAGCUUUUCGUCCGACCGAGCUGCAGGCACUGGCGUUCGUGAGCUGCUGGUUGGCGAAGAGAAAACAACGCCACACCGUGACUACGUUCGUGCUCUAG